GCGAACGCGGCUGGUUGUCCUCGCUCCCGAAACGGAAAAAUACGACCGAAAGACGACCGUUGGAACGUAAACCAAACAGUAUAUAAGGCGAAGUAAAAAUAAUCAAAGACCCGAUUUCGUGGGUGUGUUUCGCGUGUUUUUAAGUGGUGUUGCAUGUGACAUUUGGCUUUGCAGACCUAAAACCGGAAAAAAAACUGAUUAGAGAGAGUGUGUGUAGUGGGAACUUGUAUAAGAUGCUGGAGUUUUACCCAAUGCCCACGAAUCUGAAUCCAGUCGGUGGCAGCUUGUACUCGCUGCAGCAGAACCAUGGCGGGGCACGCUUCCUGGACAAUCCCAAUCCCGGCAGCAUGACGGCCAACGGCGGCAACAGCAACACUUCCCUGCACCUCAGCAACAACAAUCUGCCAACGAGUAUUUCCGGCAACAAUAGUCCCACAGGAACGGCUUCAUUAACGGGACAGCAGCAGCAGCAGCAACACCAGCAACAGCAACACCCCCACCAGCAACAUCAGCAGCAGCAACACGCAGCCUCGACCACGCCAGUGCCAAUUAACAGCUGCCCCACGCCCACAGGACACAGCCCCCUCAGCAGCAGCAGCAGCAGCAACAACAACAACAACAACAAUAGUAACAGCAACAGCAACCUCAACUCCGCCUGCAACACAUUAACAGCUGCUGCUGUUGCUGCUGCUGCUGCUCCAUCGGCAAUAGCCAACUCAGUAGCCACCUCGCAAUUAGGCGGAGCAGUUGCUGCUGCGAUUGCUGCUGCUGCUGCUGCCGCUGCGACGACAGCAACAUCGUCCCCCGCGGCAACAGGAAACGGAAAUGGAAAUGGAAACGGAGGAGCUGCUGCAACGGCCUCGGCAGCAGCGGCUUCCAAAUUGUCUGCCGAUUGUAGUGGACGCACAGAAGUGGGCCACAUCAAGUGUGAGAAGAACUUUGAGCUGUGCGAGGGCUGCGGCCAGAAGAUCCACGACCGCUUCCUGAUGAACGUGGGCGAGGCCAACUGGCACGAGCAAUGCCUGGCCUGCUGCUACUGCGGCAUGCAGCUCCACCACACCUGCUACGUGCGCAACUCGAAGCUCUACUGCAAGAUGGACUACGACCGACUGUUCGGGGUCAAGUGCGCCUCCUGCUGCCACGCGAUCCUGCCGCAGGAGCUGGUGAUGCGACCGAUCCCGAACUUCGUCUUUCACCUGCCCUGUUUCGUGUGCUACGCCUGCCGUCUACCGCUGCAAAAGGGCGAGCAGUUCCUUCUAAGGGACGGCCAGCUCUUCUGCUAUCGCCACGAUCUGGAGAAGGAGAUGUUCCUGGCCGCCGCCGCUGCCCAGCAUUGUGGAUUUGUGGGCCUGGACGAGGAGGAUCUACUGAGGCCGCGGGACGGAAGGAGGGGUCCGAAGCGUCCCCGCACCAUCCUCACCUCGCAGCAGCGCAAACAGUUCAAGGCCUCCUUUGACCAGUCGCCCAAGCCCUGUCGCAAGGUGCGCGAAGCCCUGGCCAAGGACACCGGGCUUUCGGUGCGCGUUGUGCAGGUGUGGUUCCAGAAUCAGCGCGCCAAGAUGAAGAAGAUCCAGCGCAAGGCCAAGCAGAACGGCGGCUCCGGCGGAGGCUCGGGCAGUGGGCGCGGCACGGGCAACUCGAGUGCCACCGAUGAGAAGGACACCAACGAGAAGGACGAGAAGUGCGUCAAGCAGGAACUGGGAGGAGACAGCUCGGGCUAUCUGGGCGGAUUGGACAACACUUUCGCCAGCCAGCCACUGAAUCCCAAUUUGCCCUUCUCACCGGAUGACUAUCCGGCCAACUCAAACGACAGCUUCUGCAGCUCGGAUCUCUCGCUGGACGGGAGCAACUUCGACCAAUUGGACGACGACGCGGACUCGCUGUCGCUGAACAACCUGGAGCUGCAGUCGACCAGCUCCUCGGGCAACCAGCACUCCCACUCGCACACCCACUCGAAUCCUCACGACAUGCUGGCCAACCUGAACAACAGCCUGAUAAACCCCAUCGACAAGCUGUAUCUCAUGCAGAACUCGUAUUUCAGCUCCGAACAUUAGGCGAGCAAUGCGGCGAUCGACGGGAUAGUGACGAAUUUAUUAGCGUUAGAGUGGCAGGCACCGAUCGCAAGAGGACACCGCGUCCUUGCUGUUACUUUACACGUAGCGCGUAGUUGGCAAACCCACUCGAGACGGCGGCAUUAAGUUGGAGUUGUAGAACCAGAUACAAGAUACAUGAAAUGUGAUUUUUUUAAGCUAAUUGAAAUUUUAAGAUUCUUGGCGAUUUGAACGCGGCGAAACAGGGCGGGCAGCAUAUUUUGUUGUUAGUCUAAGCACUAGAGGCAAAAAAUGUGAAACACCCGCAAUGCUAAAACGGUCAAUGUGCCCCCUAUGUUUGUAAAUAGUUUUAAACCCCCCGAAAAAUUGUUAUUAAAUGUAAUUUAAAAGUCAAUAAUUGUAUUAGCAAGUGCAAUUUAAUCUGUUCCCCUAAAAUA